AAAAAAAAAAAAAAAAAAAAAUCCCGGAGAUGCUGUCGUCGCUUGGGAAAACAAACAGCUAUCCAGACAAUUAAAAGGGAAAACACCGAUCGGUCGCCAGGUAAGGAGGAGGCUUGUGGACUUCACCGCGGCGCUUGGUAAGACCAUCCAUCGGUUUUAAUUUGGGAGUACGGCAUGUUUUUGAGUAGUUGGUAGGGUGAAUGCCAUUUGUCGUGUGGUCGGGUGCCAUAGCAACGGCUCAUGAGAAACAUUGUAUAGCCGUGGCCAGUUUGACGUGCUCGAUGUCGGAUGACAGCUGCGUUCAUGCGGACAAUUUGGACUGUGGCAACUCCUGCAACAAAUUGCCGUGGUGUCUCGCCGCUGUCUCGACCGUCCAUGAGCUGACUGGUGUCAUAACGGACCAAAGCAGCACCGAGCAGCUAAAACUAGUAGCCGCGCAUACAUGGAGAAGCAUGAUAGUUAUUUGAAAAUGUAACGCAAUAUGUUUUACUGCACAGUCAGUCGCCCAGAAAGGAUUGUCAGGAAAGGGUCGGCGCUGGUGCGCGUCCCCCUCUUUUUAUUAUUAUUUUUUUUAAUCGCCGUGCCCUGGUGUGACUGGUGCGUCUCCCGGCUGCAUCAGUGCCUGUUGCUCCCCAUGCGCGGCCAAUGCCAGGAUAUUAAUUUUCCCUGCGAUGUGUUGUCUCCGCCCCCCCACCCCCCCAGCUCGCUCCACAGUCUCCUCUGUCCAUUGUUGUUGUCAUCCAUUUGAGCAAAAGGUGCAGCAUUGUACAUCUGGGUAUUAUUGUGUCUCUCUUUUCUCUAUAAACAUGACAUUAAAUGGGGAAUCACCUUAACUCUGCUCACAUGAAAUCAACAUGUUAUCUGUCUGUUAACUUAGCACUGCCCGUGUUGGAAAUUGGUGUAGUCUGCAUACCUCUUUGCACUUAACUGUCUGCUGCACCAUGUCACCUACAGUGAAAUAUUAUUGGCCUAUUGCACGUAUACAGAGGGGGUGGACAAAAAAACAGAAACAAUAAAUAAUAACAGCAAAUAAAUAUAACCCACAAACUUAACCUCAUCAAAAUUCAACAUUGCCAGAUUAUGAAUUUAUAAAAUAUUAUAACUGUAUAUAUUAUCAAUGUAUAUAUAAUAUACAUUUAGAUUAUCAGAAAACUGCUAAUAAUUAAGGUAACGUACUAGGCCUACAUAUAGCUUUAUAGCUUGGAUCUUUUUCUUCUGCAUCAUUUCCUCUCUACCUCUCUGGUCAUCCUCAUGUUCUUUCUCUAAUGUUAAAUUUCCCCCUUGGGAUUAAAUAAAGUUUGAUGUCAACAUCUUAGUACAUCAGAAUCAAUUUUAUUGGGGAAGUACUAUGUGUACAUAAAUAGACAUGACAGCUGGGAACAAGGAUAACAAAUCUAUACAAAUAAAAGCAAAACAUAGGCAGGAUCAUUAUGAACACACAUAUUUUAAAGAAUAUGUGUGUAUAUAAAUAUUCUAUAAAUAUAUAUAAAAAGCACAGAGGACCAGUGUUGAAUUUUGUUGAGAUAACAUCAGUAGUGUAAGGUGUUCCAGCUAUUUUGUCCACCCCCAGGCGUUUUAACUCCUCCUCCAACACUCUUGGCCAUUUGGCUUCUAUAAAUGCAGGGCUUCUCAUAUUCAUUUGCUGGCCAUGUUGCAGAAGAAUCUACAUGAUACAGAAAUAGCAGGGCAGAGCCCAGGUUUACUAAAUUAGUUUAUUACAGUGAACUUAUUAUUAGACACUUGGAAGUGAGAGCUUAAAGCUGUUUCCUAGCCUUAUCCUUGUCACAACAAACAGCUGGUAAGUAUAUUUUCUGUGGUCAGUGACAAAUGUGUUUGUGUUAAUGUGACUAAGAUAUUUUUAUUAUGAGUGGGGGAAAAGUAAUUGGAAAUGUGUUUUUAAAUGACAUUUCUGUAGGCAUCUGGUGAGAGAAUGAAUGCUGAUGACUGCAAUGGACGCUCAUAUGCACAAGGUAAUGGAGGAGAGUCAUCAACCGAACAGGAUUUUUAUGGCGGGUUGCAGGGCCCUUCGGCGAGAUCUCCAAACAGUCAGCAGUCGUCACCACACCGCUCCCUUAGUGCAAACUCCAUCAAGGUUGAGCUGUGCAGCGAUGAUGAGUCACCAGGUGCUCCACAGCCAGAGAACAGAGAGGCUGUGAGGGACGAUAGCACGAGGGAUGACAGAGGGGACCCCAUGGAAGAAGGGAGUGCAGAGUACGCUGGGGCUGGAAGAGACAGAGGGAGCGUUUACAAUGAGAUGGCCAGUCCAAAUGCUGCUUCACCAGGACCUAUCCGGCUGCCCAAUGGGAAGCUCCAGUGUGAAGUGUGUGGGAUGAUCUGCAUUGGACCCAACGUGCUAAUGGUGCACAAGCGUAGCCACACAGGUGAGAGGCCGUUCCAGUGUAAUCAGUGUGGAGCUUCCUUCACCCAGAAGGGGAACUUGUUGCGCCACAUCAAGUUGCAUUCGGGAGAGAAGCCUUUCAAAUGUCCUGUUUGCAACUAUGCUUGUCGCCGGAGAGAUGCCUUGGCUGGACAUUUACGCACACAUGCAGCUUCUUCUCCAACGGUGGGAAAGCCGUUCAAGUGUAGCUACUGUAGUCGCAGCUACAAACAACAAAGCACACUCGACGAGCAUCUAGAGCGCUGCCAUAGUUACCUGAAGAGUCUGGACCACCAGACAACAGUCAACGCACAGACGGCACAGGGUGAAGAGUCAGUAAAUAUGGAGACAGUUACUAAACCUGUGCUGCAGCCAUCCAGUGAAAAAAUCCAGUUUGUGGAUAGACUGGCUAUCAGCAUCACCACCAAACGCAAGAGGUCAACGCCACAGAAGUUUCUGGGUGAAAAGCACAUGAGCCUCGACCUACCUGAAGCACCUUAUGAAUUGUCCUCUGGCUCUGAGAAGGACGGGGACCUCAUGAGCUCUCAGCCUGCUGGAGACUCUGCUGGUUUGGCCGGUUCACAUUUCCAACGCAGCAGGGCUAAAGGGGAGAACCAUGAGCCACCUGCACUGUCUCAGCUCCAUCCUGCCUUCCUGUCGGAGCUACGCACGGUUAUGGGCUCCAUCAAAAGCAACGUGACUCCUCAGGGCCCCCGAGCCCAUGGUGGAGGUGGGCUGGCAGCGGUGUCUCUUGGCCUGGCUGGGCGGGAGGCAGGUGAAGGCCGCGAUGACCAGCGCUCAGCCCAUAGCCACACCACCUCACCCAAUGGCUGCCCUGACUCUACAGACACAGAGAGCACAGCAGAAGAGCAGAGCACAAGGGCUACAGCCCCGACAAGUACCUCCAACAACCACCACCUCCACUAUCAAACCCCAGCACUGCCCCGCAGCCAUCCCACUUCCAGCCCCAGCCAGGCCAAAGACUCGGACCCAGAGUGGGAGAGAGCGUGUCCUGUACCCCCCAUGAUCGCAAAGAGGAGCCCUGUCUCGCCCCUUUCUUCCAUGGAGACUGUGCAGGUGUUAGACAGGGACAGCCGGCCUGUGCGCAGCUUCCACUGCCGGCACUGUCGUAUCCUCUUCCUGGACCAUGUCAUGUUCACCAUCCACAUGGGUUGCCACGGCUUUCACCAACCCUUCGAGUGCAACAUCUGUGGCCACCGCAGCCAGGACCGCUACGAGUUCUCGUCUCACAUCAGCCGUGGAGAGCAUCAGGUGGGCUGAGAAAAGGUGACCGCUGCUCUCUAAAGAUGUAGGCUCCUGUUUGUUCUGCACCAGAUCAGUUGCUUUAAAUCCCUAGUGUAAGUAAAAGGAUUUGUGAUUUUAACGUGAGAAUAUUUAUCAAACUAAAGCAGAUGCGAGUGAAGAAUCUUUUCACCGCACCAUUUAAAGUUUAGAGGAGGCAAAAUAUAUUCUAUGAUUGAUUGCACUCCCAUAUCAAAUCAUCUGGCAGAACUACUGGUUCUGCUUCAAAAGUGCCUUCUUUGGGGGUUUCCUCUUAACUAAAAAAAAAAAAAAAAACUGGAGGGGAUCUGGUGCUCAAAAAUCUUGACUAGCCAUCUUUUGCUAAGUGAUUUAGUUAGCACUUUUGAGAGUUCAUGUGCGUAGGCAGUUAAAGGAAAGCAUGGCAUGUACAUUUUAAGAAUUCUAUUCGGUAUGCACUAAGAGCUUUGUUUUUGUGGUUGAGGAGGGUACUUUGUGUCGUGUGUCAGGUAAGCUUAAUAUGCACUGAGAGCUUUGUGCCUCUGGGUUUGGGAUCAGCUUUUGUCACAGACGAAGCACAGAAAUGGAUUGCCUUAACUCCUACAGCGGCUGUACGCUGCUGUAGGAAUACAUUGUUUACAGCAUGUGUGAAGUCACCUCAGAGGGGAGAGAAUAUUUUGCGGCUGCACGGCGAGACUAUCAGGACAAAGCAAAGUCACGAGGGAAAAGAACUUGAAAACGUUCAGGGGCCUUUAGGGCUCGUAUGUAAAAUAGAUUUUUGGAUUUUAAAGUGAGCCUUAGAAUACUGGUGCAGAUCAGACCACGAGCCACGUAGUGUACAGUAAGACCCUGACUAAGAUGGCCUGGGGUGCUAUACCUAUACAGGAUUGCACUUUUAGGUUCCUUGCUUAUAUAUGAACAUCAUUGCUGAAGCACUUGAUGGCUUUACAAGUUGUUUUUUUUUCUGUGAUUGUUCUACUGCACUGAUAAAUCGCAUAAUACUCACAAUAAUCAUCUAAUUUGCAACACCAGUGUAUUUUUAAACGGAGCCGGCCUUCUACAGAAUCCCACAGCGUUGCACUGGUUUUGUGGUCUACACUCAAGUUUGCUGCAAUGUGUGACUGAGAAUUAAAUAUCAGUUCGACUAUGACGAUUCUUUUGUGGUUUUGCACUCAGCAGUCGAGGCUGGGAUUUUAAACAAUUUGCAUCAUGUAAGUGGAUUAACAAAUUAAUUAUUUAAAAGAUUAAUUAACGAAUCAGUUUGGAUCUGUUGAGUUAUCACUUGUGAUUAUCUAUUUAGUGUUGUUUGUUUCAGCCUUGGUGUAUUUAAUCAGCUAUAUUCCAAAUCUUAUCCAGCAUAUUCCUCAAGUCCAUGAAAUGUUACCUCCUGCUUCUUUAUAGCACCCAAAUACCUUAUUGCUACAGUAUGGUGAGUUAUCUGAUAAUGUUAAUAUUGGGAACAUGAAUGAGACCAAACUCAGUAUUCUUACUUGUUAUUGUGGGUUUGCUGCUUCAUAGUUUAACUUAAUUUCUUUCGAUCGCAGGCAAAAAUAUACUUGAAACUGUUUGAGAAAAAAAGUAAAUCUAAAAAUGCACUUGGUUUGAUAAGUAGAGAAAUGUGUGUGAAUGGAAUAUAGCAUGUGUGCUUGUCAUUUUCUGCUUUUUCCCUGAAUUGUUACUUUUUUCUUUUUUCUUUUUUUUGAAAAUGUGAAGUAAUUUCAAGAAGUGAAAAUGAGGCAUGGGUUUUUGUCUCCUCGUGUGGACUUUUCAAUGUUAUACGAUAUUUUGUGAAUGAUGUAACAUGACAAAACACUUUACCUCAAAGUUAAAGAUGUACAACUGCCUCAUUAUUUCAACAAGUCAUGUUGCUUUCCGAGAUGUUCUUGCAGUUACAGAUGCGUGCCCCUCGAUAUUCUCAAAACUUUUUACUGUCAAUAAAGUUGAGUUUAUUGUAGAAGUGAUUUUCUGUGGUUCGACUAUGAUGGCGUCCACAACUUUGUGCUUCACUUGAAAUACAUUAAGAGUUUGUCAUUAAGCUUCUCUCAGUCUCCUUUGUGACAAUGCAAAAAAGAGAAGACUAGAUAUCUGAGAAAAAUUUCAAAUUACGCAUCAUAGAGGCUUUGCGAGGACAUUACUUUAUAGAUAUACAGAUCAGACACUAUUCCUUUAACUGUGCUAACUGCAACCAAGAAUUUCAUUUUGAUUUAAACAGCUGUGUCCGUCAGUCCAUAUUAGGGUGUAAAGAAU